UUAUGUGUCCUCACUUGUCCCCAUGACGUUUACACUCCAACAGGUGUCCAACUUUUCCCGCCAAAACGGGCUGGGGAGAUCUCGCGAGACCUGGUAACCUUUGACCUAGGCGCUGCAGGAGUCCACCUGCAAGGAAAUGGCGGAUUUCUACGAUUUUAAAAAGUUGCAGUUCUUUUACUCUGUUUCUAAUGAUAUUUUGUUCAAGUGACCCACAAUGACGUUAUCGGAGAAAGCAAGGCACAUAAUGUACCGGGAGAAAUGAGUGCCGAGACACAAGAGACUUCUGAGGAUGGGAAGGACGCAGCGGAAAAUGAAGACCAGAGUUCGCCGCCCAGAUCGGCGGAGGAAGGCGCGAGUGACUCCGAAGGUGGGUUCACGGAGUCGCCGAGAAAACCAACCGCUCUCUCACGAACCCCGACCUUCAGUGAAACAGUGUCGGGCACAGAGAGCUCUGCACCUUCCCCUACAGUGUUGCUGCGUGCGAAGAAGCGAAUGUUGAAGCGCUCUCGGCCGUCGUUUAGGUCCGUCGGUAAGCUUGUACAGAAGAUGGUUCGACAUAUGUCGCUGUUCUCACAACUACAAAGCAAGGAGACUUCCACGGUGGGCAGCUCAAGUCCGCGGGAAUCUGUGGUGUCCACGGAGGAUUCCGGGACCCAGAGGAACUCUUUGAUUUUCUCGGGAGGUAAACUGCCCGUGCCCGGCCUGUCUGGGCUGAGAAACCACGGCAACACGUGUUUUAUGAACGCCGUCUUGCAGUGUCUCAGUAACACCGACAUGCUAGCCGAAUAUUUCGUCUUGAACCAGUACAAGUCGGACUUGAGCAGGAUCCGUCGGUGGCGGGACAGUACCAGGUUGAAACCUGUAACCCGUGGGGAGGUCACAGAAGACUUUGCCAAGAUUCUUAAGGCACUGUGGUCCUGUCAAUACACCCCAAAGCUCACCAGUGACUUCAAAAACACCGUGUCCAAGUACGCCUCCCAAUACAGUGGCUACAACCAGCACGACGCCUUUGAGUUUCUACUUUGGCUGUUGGACAAAGUUCAUGAGGACCUGAACUGUGCAUCGAAGAGAGGGUACAAGAAAGCUAAGUUUGGGCACAAGAAGACAGACGAGCACCUGGCAGCAGAGGCCCAGGCCAACCACCAGAGGUGUAACAGCAGCUUCAUGUACGACCUGUUCCAGGCGCAGUACCGUUCCUCGCUCACCUGCCCCACCUGCCACCGCCAGAGCAACACCUUCGACCCCUACAUCUGCAUCUCCCUGCCCCUGCCCCAGCGACAGACCAGGGCUAUCUACCCAGCGGUGGUGUACCACAGGAGAAAACCCAGGCUCACCAGAAUAGGAGUCAGUCUUCACCAGGACAGCUGCGUUGGAGACUUGAGAAGACUCAUCGCAGACAAGGCAGAUAUUCCCUUAAACCAGGUCGUGCUGACAGAAAUCUACUUUGACGGUUUCCACCGCUCCUUCUCGGACGACCAGCCGCUGAGUGUGGUGCAUGAUGGGGACUGCAUCUACGCCUUCGAGGCGCCGCUGGAGGUCAUCGACCUCUCUUGCACCAAUGACAACACUCCCAACCCAGACACCUCAGACUCCCAGGAUUCUGAGCAGGAAAAAUUAUUACUGCUGUUCGUGAACAAGACUGGUGCUGGCAAGCAAGGGAAGAGGUUUGGCCCGCCCUCUGCCCUAUACGUCCCAAGGAACCUGACCUUCGGUGACCUUCAGAAGGUGCUGUUGCACAACAUGGCAGACAUGAUGAGGGAGGGCAUCAGGCCACAGGGUAGUGUGCGAUUCCAGAUGCGGGUGGUAGGUGGCCUUGCUGGCAAGUGCUACCUGACGGAAGACGACAACAUGUGUCUGUAUAUGCCUACUGUGGACAAGGCCCUGUCUAGCUGUGGUACUGGUGGAACGGAACACUUGAAGCUGGUGCUAGAGUGGGAACAGGAGACGAAGGCAUGCCUGUUUGGUAAUGCCUGUGAAGAGAAGGUAGAGGAGCUGGACAGUGUCAGGCAGCAGAGAACGCUGCAGCAGAAACCUCUCAACGUCACCCUGUCAGACUGCUUCAAACUGCACACCAAGGAGGAAAAGCUUGGCCCAGAGGACGGCUGGCACUGCCCCUUCUGUAAGAAAAUCCAACAUGGCACCACGAAGAAGCUGAGUCUGUGGUCCCUGCCUGAUGUCCUCAUUAUUCAGCUCAAGAGGUUCAAACAGGUUGGGAUGCGCAGAAUGAAGCUGUACACAUCAGUAGACUUCCCUGUCUCCAACCUGGACAUGAAGCCUCACGUCGCCCGCCGUAACUACGGCAACAGCGGGGGGCUCGGCCUCCUGACCAGCUGGUCUCCGUGGAGACGCCAUCAGCACAGGACCACGGCCCGCCACCCGGACUACUUCUACGACUUGUACGCCGUGUGCAAUCACCAUGGCAACAUGACGGGGGGACAUUACACAGCUUUUUCCAAGAACCCCGUGGACGGCCGUUGGUACAAGUUCGACGACACCAAAGUCCUGCCCGUGAGUGACGAGGACGUCCAGACCAGUGACGCGUACAUCCUGUUCUACCAGAGCCGCAGCAGCAGGAUGGGGUCCCUCUCCAGCACGUCCGGCAGCUCAACCUGUUCCUCACUGUCGGACCACUGGGUCAACCGCAUCCCCAACCUGCUGCCUAGGAGUGACAUCAGCUCGCACGAUGACACAAGUGAUACUGAGCACCAUGGUGGGUUUAGUUCUGACAGCCGUCCGUUCGUGCGCAGCGUGCACGGCAUGAAGGACCACGAGGACCACGGUGGGUUCAGUUCCGACAGCCGUCCGUUCGUGCGCAGCGUGCACGGCGUGAGCGCGAGCGUCCGCUAUCCGUCCAGCCGCAGCCAGGAGCUCCUGUCGGACGGGUGGGACAGCGGCAACUACAGCGACAGCGAGGCGGACAAGGCCAGCAACAUGACCGAGUCCCGCGUCUGA